GGCGACUCUGACGUUAUAAGAGCUAAAGACAUGAGGUAUACACUCAUAGCAAUUAAGAACGGCUCCUGAGAGCUAUACUUUAAUCGCAAGCUUUGGACAUCAAUCCUGUUAAGAAACUCCAUAUAACAAUUCACAAUGGUCUCCCAGUUUACAAGAAAGGUCAGUAAAACUAUACAUAUAACAAUCACUUGUUCUUUCCAUCAUUCUUGCGACUUUUUAUUGUUAACGAAAAACAAAUAUUUGUCUACAAUACCGGUUCAGUUAAGUGAUUUGUGGUGCUUUUGUAAAUGGUGCAACUUGGAAGUGUAGGUUAUCUCUUAUGGGAGGAAGAAAAUUAUUUGUGGUUUGUACUUAAACUACCUGAAAAAGAUAUCCCAAACGUGGGGCCCUAGUAUAUAGGUAGUAUGUUAUACAAUAAGCUUCCAUUGUUUAUGUCUGAACUGCCUGAAAAGAUAUCUCAAACGUAGUGGUCCAGUGUUGGUAGUAUUCUACAAUAUGCUGCCGUAGUUUGUGUGUGAACUACCUGAAAAGAUAGUCUCAAACGUGAGGGUUCAGUGUAGGUAGUAUUCUACCAUAGCUGCGUCUGAAGCCUUUACUAGAAAAUCGAAGUGUUUUAAAUGCUUGUAAGCAGUCAUGCUUGUUAGUUAUGUCGGAAAGGAAACAUAGAAAUACAUGCAGUCAUCACAUGUAUUGUAACAUCGAAUACAUAUGGUGUCGGUCGGAGCAAUUUGGCGAUUGACGGCCCUUCCGUUUUACAUUAGACCACCGCUAGUUUUUAGGUAACAAGGUUCUUUGUCACUUGUGUUGCAAUGAGUUGUAGCUUCAUGUAACAUGGCCUUCAAAGCUUUGUAUAAAAUUGGUAACAAUUGGUUGCCGAGAUUGCCUAUAUCCGUGAAUUCUAUGAUAUAACACUGAAUAAUUCGUAUGGCUGACAGUUUAUCAGAAAUUCUGUCACAUUACGUUUAGAUAUACUACAGAUAUAUUGAUCAUGAGAUGGCCAUUAACAGCACUUGGCCUUAAUUAGCUGUGUUGUAAUACUAGUAUAAUUUAGAAUUUUCCAUCACUUUAUAUACAUUAAAUAGGCGCAUAGUAAUUUUGAGCUUUUCAAUGCUCAUUUGAUAGUUCAUAAAACACCAUCCAAAUUUGCAAAUUUGCACCCGAAGAAUAAAAAUUUAAACCUUACUUUUUGCACGCAAGCCAUUGUUCAAGUGGUUUUGAAAAACAGAAAUGCUGCAUUCGAAAAUUUACUUUUUAUAAUAAUUUGGUGAUGAGAUACCAGAUUCAGAAAACCCCAAUUAUUGUGAUAACUUUAUGCAUAGCCUAUCGAAAGGAAGAUGGCUGUGAAACUCAUUAGAAUAACAAUAUAACUCAUUAUGAUGUUAGUCAACGUUUAUUCAUAAGUCUGGUCGUUUCACUGUCACGUGUGUAUUGUAUUUUUACCAAAUCCACCAAUAGCAAUUUCCAGUUUCCCUAUUGUUCGAGUCACGGAUAGGUGACUUUCCUAAAAUAUUGCUAUUGGUUAGUUGGGCAAGAAUACAAUACACACGUGACGGUGAAGGACCAGAUUUAUGAAUAAACGUUGAUAACAACAUAGAUAAUGAGUUAUAUUGUUAUUCUAAUGAGUUUCACAGCCAUCUUCCCUUCGAUAGGCUAUGCUUCAUGUUUGCUUGGAUAUUACCCAAGCUAACAUAAAGUUAUCACAAAUUUCGCGGAAUUUUCAAUUAAGAGGAUGUUCUAGAACUGCACUAUUUUUUAAUUUAUACACCCUGUGUUAUGCAUUAGUUACAUAUUGCGAGUCCUUUGGAGAAGCUUUAAUAGUUCCAUAAUUUAGUUUCAUAGGGGUUUACACUAUCAAAGAAUUUUGCAUAGGUCGAAAUUUAGCAAAACAAAAAGGGCGGGAAAAUUCUUGACUGAGCCCACAAUGCCACGAAUGCUCAGCGACAUGACCAUCUCGGUGCAAUUUCCGGACCUCCGGGAAGAACAGUUUAGAAUUGAAAGAGCUAUCCAUUAUAAAUCAUAUUAAUGGAUUAGUGUCAUUGUGUGAAGCAUAUGUAUGUAGGAAAUGACGUAAUAUUCUGGCUAAUAUCUCAUAUUAUCUCCGUGACCUUUACGGCAAAAAGAUGAUUACUUAUCUCCCUGUUCUAAUAGGAUUAAAAUUCUCGCUCCGUCUGAGCCUAUUUCUAUUAACUGUGGUCUGAGUGUUUUUGUUUUAAAAAUAAGUCGUCUACGGUACGAUAACUUUAUUUAUGCUGGACAGUCUUAAGCUAUUCUCACUUAAGGUUACAGGAUACCCUAUAUAGGCACGCGUUUCAGGAGAUGUACCAUUACUCGGCGAAUUUUUAUCCAAUUUCUACGAAACUCUCGCCGAAUGUAGCCAGAUAGAUGAAGAAUAAAAUAUAUACUAUAAUAUAUGUUUUAUGCACGCAAGUGACCACGAAUUUCUUCUGCAUAAAGCCUGCCGCACACGAGAGAAACAUGCUAAGCUACACGCCUCGCGUGGCGGCUUGAGGAAAGUAUCUGCGUGCUUGACAUUCCCCACCUCGCGAGGAAAAAAUCUCAACAUAGUGCUGAGCUGUUUAAGUUAACUAGCCAAUAAGAACCCAUACCUUCUUCACGUGACUCUUGUCAAAAUAGCGACAAUGAAGGGAAAUGCAAACGAUAUUGCUGUUGAGUAUAGUUUUCCCAACGAGUGCGGUGAAAACGCAUAGCUGAGCUUACCGCCACGCGAGGUGCUACCCUACCUUGCUGCUCAAGUGCUUAGAUAUUGUAAUGGAUAUACAGAUUGUUAUUUAUUGAAUUUACCAUAUUUCCUUUAUUUAGCCCCUCGAGGCUUACUUUUUAUCCAGUAGUCUGGACUGGGGGGUAUUACAGGGGGCUAAACACAGACUGCAUGGGGCAAGAUAAAAAUUCUUUGAAUAAUGAUUAAUUUACAGUAUUAUACUUAGAUAAACAUGAAGAAAAAUUCCAUGUAUGUUGAAGGGUUUGUAGAUGUAAAGUCCGAGUGCAAAUCUUAUACAUUUAUUAUCAGGGUUCGUACACCUUCGUAAUUUAAAAAAUCCUGGGGGGUGUUUCCAUCUUUUUCCCGAGGGGUUUUCAGGGGCAUUUGAAAUAUACAAAAUAAUUUCCCUAAGAAGUUGACAGGUUUUUGAGUGUUUAAUGCCGUACUUAAGAUUUUAAAUGACGUUUAAUUAAUGACUUUCCCAUGUGUCCCAAGACAAAAACUCUUUUUAUUGCACCUGUAUACAAAACAUCAAAGACAGUUAAAGUGGCUCAGUUUUCCAUAGAGUUAAAUAGACAAAUGUCUGGAGGUGCACCGGAUUUCAAAUCCGGCCGGAUUUAACGAAUUUUCCGGUAUCCGGCCGGAUUUAAAUUUCUGUUUUCACCUUAAAAAUUCACCAAGAAUGGGAUAAACCAUCAAUUUGGCAGCUUUGAAAUUUAAAUAACACUUAUACUAUUAUAAAAUAUUAAGUUAUUAACAAAAAGAUAUUUAAAAAAGGUUUAAACACAAUCAAAAAUCUAAACUGACACUAACUAAAAAUAGUAAAAAACAUAAAUCGCCAUUUUGAAUACUGAUUUAUCCCCAGUUGUCCCCAUUACCGGUUUAUCUCAAAUCCGGCCGGAAUUUUUGUCCAAAUCCGGUGCACCCCUACAAAUGUCGUAAAAACUAACCUCUAUUGAAAUAUUGAAAAUGCAGAAUAGGCAGUAACUGAAAUUAAGCCAACAUCACACUAAAUACUUCGACAGACUUUGCUUUGCAGCCAGCGAUUGAGGCAAGUUGCAAACGACCUACUUUAUUCUCAGAUUUUGCGAUCAACAGCGUCGCGUUAUAUAAUUCACUGUUUACUGUUGAAGUCAUAUUUCAACGUGAUAUAUGCAAAUUACGAAGGAAGACGGAUAAACGAUGAUUUCUGGCCAGUCAUCCCAUCUACAAUAGCAUGCGCGCUUAAUUAAUUUUAAAUCUUUUUCAAUUUUCCUAGAUCAUUAUAUCCAUGGUGUUAUUCUUCAUAACGUAUCCAUUGAGCGCUUGCAAAUCGCUAUCCAGUGACAACACAACUACAACGGUCAGCACCAAUGCCGUAAAGAAACUUAAAGAGAUUAUCAAUCUGAAAGAGCGAGCUAACCUACUGAAAGAUUGCAAUACGACCAAGGGCAAAGUUCUAGACGAGAUUAUCAAAAGAUACAAGAACAUUUUAAAAAACAUGUCGAAUAAUGGAGUAAAAAAACCUACCAGAUUGAGAAUCAAAGAUUUGGUUCGUGGGCGAAAUAUCGUCGACAGUUUUACGAAGCCGUUUACAAACCAACGCAAGCAAAAACUUUCGUUCAAAAAUGGUCAGUUUUUAAGCUUGGAUAGCAGUGGGAGAGUUAAUGGUACCUUUGUGACAGAUGGAAACCAAAACAGUGAGUAUUUAUUGUAAAUUUUUCAUUGAUUGAUUCUAAAAUUAGCCCUAAGGGAGGUGUUCAUGUUAAAGAGGUGUAUGUAUUAGAGAGGUGCCUGUAUUAGCUAGGUGUCCAUAUAAGAGAGGUGUCCAUAUUAGAAAGAUUAUCAUAUUAGAGAGGUCUUCAUAUUAGAGAGAUGUUCAUAUUAGAGAGAUGUUCAUAUUAGAGAGAUGUUCAUAUUAGAGAGAUGUUCAUAUUAGAGAGAUGUUCAUAUUAGAGAGAUGUUCAUAUUAGAGAGAUGUUCAUAUUAGAGAGAUGUUCAUAUUAGAGAGAUGUUCAUAUUAGAGAGAUGUUCAUAUUAGAGAGGUGUUCAUAUUAGAGAGGUGUUCAUAUUAGAGAGGUGUUCAUAUUAAAGAGGUGUUCAUAUUAGAGAGGUGUUCAUAUUAGAGAAGUGUUCAUAUUAGAGAGGUGUUCAUAUUAGAGAGGUGUUCAUAUUAGAGAGGUGUUCAUAUUAGAGAGGUGUUCAUAUUAGAGAGGUGUUCAUAUUAGAGAGGUGUUCAUAUUAGAGAGAUGUUCAUAUUAGAGAGAUGUUCAUAUUAAAGAGAUGUUCAUAUUAGAGAGGUUUUAAUAUUAGAGAGGUUUUAAUAUUUAGAGAGGUCUUAAUAUUUAGAGAGGUCUUCAUAUUAGAGAGGUCUUCAUAUUAGAGAGGUCUUCAUAUUAGAGAGGUCUUCAUAUUAGAGAGGUCUUCAUAUUAGAGAGGUCUUCAUAUUAGAGAGGUCUUCAUAUUAGAGAGGUCUUCAUAUUAGAGAGGUCUUCAUAUUAGAGAGGUCUUCAUAUUAGAGAGAUCUUCAUAUUAGAGAGGUCUUCAUAUUAGAGAGAUCUUCAUAUUAGAGAGGUCUUCAUAUUAGAGAGGUCUUCAUAUUAGAGAGAUCUUCAUAUUAGAGAGGCCUUCAUAUUAGAGAGAUGUCCAUAUUAGAGAGAUGUUCAUAUUAGAGAGGUGUUCAUAUUAGAGAGAUGUUCAUAUUAGAGAGGUCUUCAUAUUAGAGAGGUGUUCAUAUUAGAGAGAUCUUCAUAAAAGAGAGGUCUUCAUAUUAGAGAGGUCUUCAUAUUAGAGAGGCUUCAUAUUAGAGAGAUGUCAUAUUAGAGAGAUGUCCAUAUUAGAGAGGUGUUCAUAUUAGAGAGAUGUGCAUAUUAGAGAGAUGUGCAUAUUAGAGAGAUGUGCAUAUUAGAGAGAUGUCCGUAUUAGAGAGAUGUCCAUAUUAGAGACAUGUUCAUAUUAGAGACAUGUUCAUAUUAGAGACAUGUUCAUAUUAGACUAAUGACUUCCACACAAAAGAAAAUGCUACGCUACGACUACGUUACAAUUGAAGUGGAACAGCCUUAAGAGCGAUAGCUUCAGCAGUCAGCACAGGAACUUCUCGUUCCCUGCCGACAAAGAGCCUUCGUUGUCGCUCAAAACAUUAAAAUAUAUAAACGUAUUUUUAUUGUUUAGCAAUUUUCUACAUGAAAACAAAAGCACCCCAGGUAAUAAUGAUUCAAUCACUUCAAACACAGAAAUUCGUUGCGAUGGACAAACAUGGACAUAUUUUGGCCAAAGUAAGUGGAAGAUUGUAGUUUAAUAGAGAGCUGUCUGUAUUAAAGAGGUGUCCGUAUUAGAGAGGUGUUUGUAUUAGAGAGGUGUUUGUAUUAGAGAGGUGUUUGUAUUAGAGAGGUGUCUGUAU